AUGUACCUCUCAGGGUGCAUCAUUACAUGUUUAUCCUCUGUUUUGUCCCACAUAUUAUAUUACAUAUUUGAAGAUCCUUGUACCAGCUGUCAGUGUUGUGCUUCAGGCACAGACUGCAUCACCACCAGUGGAGUUGUUGAAUGUCUUGACCCCUGUGCCACCUACACUGUGGUGAAUGAUGCAUGGCGUUCAACAGAGAAUACGGAUAAUUCAAUCUUACACUGUGACCGAAACAUUGUCUGGAGCGGUUGGUAUCGCUUUUAUUUGGGUCAGACCAGCGCUCAGAUGCCAGAGAAAUGUGUAGCAGAACGAAGAUGUGGAACUUCUGCUCCUUUGUGGAUAACUGAGCCUCAUCCAGUCCAGCUUAAUGAAAUAGUAACUCGCACUGUGUGUAACGCUUGGUUGGGUUCUUGCUGCUAUUUUACCUCACACACCAUCCAGAUCAAAGUUUGUUAUGGAUACUACGUCUACAAACUUCAACAGCCGUCUGGAUGCGACCUGGCAUAUUGUGCAGAACCUCAACCCUUCAGAGUAUUGACACAAGAUGAGAGCAGCAUCACUCUGAUGUGGAACAAGAUGAACAACAACUUUAGCUUUGUUCUCCAGUUUAAUGGCACAGAGAUAAACAUCAGAGCACCAGAUGGAGAUGGAUCAGUAACUUACACAGUCUCAUCUCUCACUGCUGGAACUAGAUACACAUUCACUCUCUACUAUGUGUUAGAAAACAUCAGAAACAGUGGCAUACAACUGACAGCUGUCACAGCUCCUCAAAAUGCAGAAGGAUUUACAAAGUCAGGACAAGAUGAGACCAGCAUCACCCUGCAGUGGAAUAAAAUCAACAACAGCACCAGUUUUGUUCUUCAGUAUGGUGGCACAGAGACAAACAUCAAUGCACCAGAUGGAGAUGGACCAGUGAUCUACACAGUCUCAUCUCUGACUGCUGGAACCAAAUACACAUUCACUCUCUUCUCUGUGUUUGAGAACAUCAGAAGCAGUGGACAGCAACUGAUAGCUGUCACAGCUCCUCAAAAUGCAGCAGGAUUUACAAAGACAGAACAAAAUGAGAGCAGCAUCACCCUGCAGUGGAAUAAAAUCAACAAUAACAUCAGCUUUGUUCUUCAGUAUGAUGGCAACGAGACAAACAUCAAUGCACCAGUUGGCGAUGGACCAGUGACCCACACUGUCUCAUCUCUGACUGCUGGAACCAAAUACACAUUCACUCUCUGCUCUGUGUUUGAGAACGUCAGAAGUAGUGGAGUACAAUUUGAAGCUGUUACUGGUAAGAUAAUUCAGAAACUGGAGAGUCUCUGCAUCAUAAGCCGUCAGCUUUUGAUGCAAAGAAAGCAUCAAAAGUGA